AAUUACACCUGUGCUUUUACUUCCAUAAAUACUAAAAAUGUCUGCCUUGAAGGAGGCCUUUUGGCUGAUGUGUUUGGAAAUAUAUCGGGUAUUAAUUACCUUAGAUAUCAAAUACCUAUUUAAAGUGUCCACGAAGAAUGGCCCAAAAAUGUUUUCCAGCCCUAUCUGUACCCUUGGCAUUGACAUGCUUACACAUUAUACUGUUUACUGCCACACAUCCUACACACUGAGAGGUGCCUCUGCUGGAGACCAUCACACAGGUGGUGCUCAUGCAGCAGAGCUCCAGGAGCACACGGCACACAGCUCUGUUGGAUUGGAGGAGGUGGUGUUAGUGAUCCAGAGUCAGAGGAACUCCUUCCAUGCCCGUCGAGGUGCUCAGAGGAAGGUGGAGAUACUGCAGCAGGCAGCUGAACUGGGACAGGCAGUUCCAGUUGUUGUUCUUCUCCAUGAGCUGUCGCAGUAUGAAGGGGACUGGAGUAUCCUCCCUGCGCUUCCUCACCUCUCUGCCACUUAUGGUCACUUAGCAUCCUGGUUUUUCUUCAUCGAGGAGGAAACCAGCAUCGCACUGCCUGUUCUGCUGCAGGUCCUCUCCAGAUAUCAAGCCCAAGAGGAAUGGUUUUUGGGUAAGCGUCUCCAUGACAACGAGGCCUCCAUUAUCCACCAUUAUGCCUUCUCUGAAGACCCCACUUCCUUCAGUUACCCUGACCCAGCAGCAGGCUGGGCUCUCAGCACGCCACUGCUUAAGAGACUCGCCAAGCGGAUCCAACACAAUCACCUGAAAUCAGACUUUACCAUCGACUUGAAACAUGAGAUUGCGUUGUACAUUUGGGAGGAGGGAAAAGGUCCAAAGCUGACAGCAGUUCCAGAGUUCUGUACAGAGUCGAGAGACAACUGUGCUACGACAUUCACAACCUACCUGCCCAACUGUGGAGAUCCAGUGCCAAAGGAAGAUGUAUUUGUUGCUGUGAAAACUUGCCAUAAAUUCCACUCAGAGCGAGUACCGGUGGUGAGGGCAACCUGGGAGAAAGAUGCUGUGUUUAUAGAGUAUUACAGCGACAUCGCUGAUGACUCCAUACCCACAAUCAGUCUGGGAGUGCCCAACACUGAGAGAGGGCAUUGUGGGAAGACAUUUGCCAUCUUGAGGCGGUUCCUGAGCAAAGAUGUGCCAAAGGCUGAUUGGCUACUCAUUGUUGAUGAUGAUACGCUCAUCAGUUUGCCCAGGUUGCGGCGACUGCUGCGUUGCUAUGACCCAAAGGAAGCGGUGAACCUGGGGGAGAGAUACGGCUACAGUCUGCUACAGAACGGAUACAGCUACACCACAGGAGGAGGGGGAAUGGUGCUCAGUCGGGUGGCGGUGUCCAGGCUGCUCUCCAGUGGGUGUCGCUGCUACAGUGAUGAUGCUCCCGAUGACAUGGUGCUUGGCAGGUGCUUCACUUCCCUGGGUGUUCCCAUCACACACAGUCCACUGUUCCACCAGGCCCGACCGUAUGACUACUCUGAGACAUUGGAGCAGGCCAUCUCCUUCCACAAGCACUGGAACAUAGAUCCCAUCUACGUCUACAAACACUGGCUGCAGGACACACACCCAAGAGAUGAAUUGUAGAAACACUGUGUGUAUACAGUAUGUGUACUGGACUGUAGACUAACAGUGAAUCAUAAUUUGCACAACAGCGUAGAGCUAAUGAUGAUAGAACAAUCACCAACCACGACAGUGACUUUGAUGUCCACAAAAAUUCUUCAAGCGUGCCCUAAAAUAUAGUUCUUACAAGCCUUAAUGCCUGCAUUGAUCAAUAUUUUUUAUAUCAAUGUUAAAUCAAAAGACUUUGUUUAAUGUCGGAGCGGAAUUUUCACCUGAGUCUUUGGCUCUACAGAGGUUUUUAGCUUAAUUUAGCUCAUCAUUUUGGUUUGAUGGCCUUCGCAGAAACACCCAGACCACGUUGCCUGUGCGAGCAGUGCAUGACGGUGACUUUGCUGAACUGCUGUGGCUUGCACAUGUGCGGUGAUCACAUACAGCGUUGUUGUUGCACCGCUGCUGCAGAGCUGCCUGCUGCUAAAACAACUGUAUUGCCUAAAUUAAACGCCGACAAUCAUUUAUGGAGCUGUGCAAGCCACUGCAUUGUCACCAACAUGGUCAUAACAAUAUUUCACAAUAAAAAGCCUUUUGUUGACAGAUGAAGGGAUUCUGUCAACAGAAACAUUGUCAGAGGGCUUUUAUUUUAAAAUGGAAACAUUUUUAUCAUAUUUAUCACGUCUGUGACAGAUAUAAACAUUGAAACUAUAGUGAAUGGUGAUGUAACAUCAAUAUGAUUAUCAAAAGACCAUUUUCGCUGUCGCACACGCGCUGCUUACUCAGGCAGUGUGGCCAGGGCAUAACUGCCAAAGCAAAAAAGUUACAUAAAACCAAACAGCAAAUAAACAAUCUGAGUGGA